UAAACGUUGUUCUGAAAUAACAUGUUUUAAUGCGUCCCUGAACAAUGAAGAGAUAAAUGUUGCUUUAUUGAUGGCGGAAAAAUGACCAAAUGGAUGCUAACAGGCAGUCACUAGCGUUAUUUUCGGCUCACAGUGCGGACUAGGCCACGUAAGAUGGCGGAGCGACAUGGUGGACGUUCUUCGCGUUUUCCUUUUUGAGAAAGUGCACCGAGUUUUGGAAAUAGAGGAGGAGGGUGAAACAAACUGAUCCGGGGUUGAAGGGUCUUGGGGGCAGCAUCACUUUCGAAAGUUUGUGUCGGUAAUUUCCUGGAGUCUACAAAUCGUCAACUGGCCUGGUUUGUUUACAUUUUGUGGCCCAGGCGUGUUAUCAGUCGUUUACGAAACAACGCGCUUCCAGCUCGUUUGGCUGGUGUUCUAGAGACUCGGUCCAGUAAAUAGAAUGUUACCGAGCCGGGUUGGAUCGGCACCAUCUGGAAACGGGUCAGCUUCUGGCAGAGGUACCACAGGACACGGUUCGGGGGUUGUCGGCAGCGGGAUCCGUCCCGUUUUGGUCAGAGCAGGGCAAGCUUUACCGGGUGUCAGCGAGAGCGCCGGUGCUGCCGGGCGACAGGGGGAAAGAGACGCCGCAGGGAUGCUGGGGGCUAAUGGUCCAGGGGGUCCGAGAGGUGUGAGACCGGGGAACGGUGCUGGGUUGAGCCCUCUGCAGACCGCCAUCCAGGGCAACAUGGUGGGGUUAAACGCGGGAAUUGUGUUGGCUCAAGGAACCAGGUUCGAUCCGGACAGAGAGAGCGCUCCUCUGUGCAGCGGCUCGGAAAACGACUCGGACUCCGGGGACGAUGAUGACCCCGUGGGUUCACUCGGGGACAGCAGGAGAGGGGUGAAGCGGGAGAGAGCGGAGAUGGAAGCUGCGGUGACUGGGCAAGAGGUGGGAGUACCUCCCGGAGCUUACGGCAUGGUGCCCGGAGGGGUCGCCGGGGCAAAGCCGGGGAAGAAGACACGUGGACGCGUGAAGAUAAAGAUGGAAUUUAUUGACAACAAGUUGAGACGAUACACAACUUUCAGCAAGAGGAAGACGGGCAUUAUGAAGAAGGCCUAUGAACUCUCCACCCUGACGGGAACCCAGGUUCUGCUGCUUGUGGCCAGUGAAACGGGCCACGUCUACACCUUUGCCACCCGCAAACUCCAACCCAUGAUCACAAGUGAAACAGGCAAGGCCCUGAUCCAAACGUGCCUCAACUCACCGGACUCACCACCACGCUCUGACCCCUCCAUGGACCAGCGCAUGAGUGCUACGGGCUUUGAGGAGACGGACCUCACCUACCAGGUGUCUGAGUCGGAGAGCAUGGGCGACACAAAGGACACACUGAAGCCGACGUUCACGGUAGCCAGUCUACCAGGCACUACCAGCAGCACCCAGUCCACAGUACCCACCACCUCCACCACCAUGCAGGUGAGCAGCGGACCUUCGUUUCCCAUCACCAACUACCUGGCGCCCGUCUCCGCCAGCAGCAACAUCAGUGCCAACGGAACCGUCCUGAAGACCGGUGCCUCCACGGGGGUCAUGCAGCUGCCCGGCGGUUUCACUUUUAUGCCCGCAGGCACUCCUCUCCCCCCCGGCACCCCCACCAUUCCUCUGAGCCAGCUGCAGCAGCACUCCCUGGCCCUCCAGGGGCAGCAUGGUCAGGCCCUGGCCGCCGCCCCGCAGCCACAGCAGGGACAGCAGGCUGUCUUCCGCUUCCCUGCUGCUGUCUCCCUCACAGGAGCAGGGGUUCCCCAGCAGCUCCAGGCAAUCCAGGUCCACAACACCCAGUCCACUUCCAACAGUGACAGCAGCCCGGAGAUGUCCCACGCAUCCACAACCGCGACGGUAAGUCUCCCAGCAACCAUCGUCACCUCGUCAGUGCCAACGUCUGUGGCGGGUCACAUGAUGUACCCCAGCCCCCACACAGUGAUGUACGCGUCCACGCCGGGGCUGGCUGACGGGGGGCUGGCUGUGCUAAACGCCUUCUCGCAGGGUGCCUCUGCCAUGCAGGUGUCCCACGCGCAGGGCCAAGACACAGGUGCUGUCUCUCAGGUGUUCCUCACAGCACCACCCGGCACGGUCCAGAUCCCCGUCUCUGCGGUGCAGCUACACCCAGUACGGCAAGAUCUUCAUUUUACAAAUGGUGAUUGGACAGCAAUCGAGCGGCAGCAGCAGUAACCUGACGGAGCUCCAGGUGGUCAACCUGGACGCAACACAGAACUCAAAGAGCGACUGAUGGACGGAUGGAGCUGUUUAACAUAGCAGACCCGGGGACACACACAGACAGAUCAACGUCUCUAUUUAUUGAUGCCUUCCUUCAAAAUUUCACAUUACACUUCUGAAUGUGACAUUAAAGUACAUACACACACACACACAAGCAAAGGGCAUAUGUGUGGCUGACCCUUAUACAGUAUGUUUUGGUAUAUAAAUAUAUAUAUAUAUUCGCAAAUGCAUAGGAAAUAUAUCACUACAUCCAUCAUCGGAACAUAUUUUCUAUGCCGUUAGAUGGUUAUUUUUUUGUGUGUAAGCGUGUUGUUUUUUUGUUGCAAAUGUGUAAUUACAUGUACGCACACUCUGCAAGGUGCCACAGCUUCACACCAGCCAAAGAGACAUUUGUUUGUCUGAAUGUUCCAGUGUGAGCAACUUGUGCACAAGCGUGUGUCUGUGUGCACGCAUAUCUGGGGUUUGUAAAUGGGCGGGGAGACGCUUAUUGACUUAAAGAGACAUUUGGAAAUGUACAUAGUUUUUCGUUUAGUUUUUUUUCUAAAUGGAUACUUUUAUUUUUCGCCUGGUUUAGUUUGUGAAACGGCAUGUAGUUGUUUUUUUUACGUAGUGGUUUUGUAUGUACAUGAAAACGAUUUGCAUAAAGAAAAUGAAUUUACAUGUAUAUGUAAAUUAAUUGAAUAUACCAUCAUGUUGAUACUGUCAAGCCUUUGGGAGUUAUCACUACAAGAUGGAGAAAGAACGCUGGAUGUUUUUUUUUACCUUUUUUUUUUUUUUUGAUUGUGACAUUUGUAGGACUGUCCCUCAAACAGGAUCAAGUAGCUCAGUCACAAAAUGUAAAACAUAAGAUGUAUGGUGUACUGUUAACAUAUUCUUUACUUUAGCUGGGAAGAUUUCAAUGAGCUGAUGGCAUGGUCAUUUAGUCUGACAUCAUUUCUGCAUGUGAGGCUUCCUAAUGAAGCCCUGAUCUGGCACUUUCCCAAGUGUAGAAAUUGUAAAAUCUAUGACAAUCUGAUGGAAAUUACAAACAGGUUUUCAUGACAUCGGAUAAAUAAAUUUUGUCAACUUUGUUUAAAAAUCCAUUGUAAACCUGUCGCUCUAGACUGCAGAACUUUAAUUAUGUCAUGCUACUACUGACUUGAGUCAGGGCAUUGGACACAAAGCUCUUGCCUGAUAAGACACUGUAUAGACUUUGCAAUUCCACUUCAAAGCAUUAGUGUUUCCUGGUAAUGGAAGCACUUGACGUUGCUCUGCUGUAGUGUUACAGUAGUAAUGAGUAUGAAUAUAUUUCUUUUUUAAGAACAAGGAUCUCUUAAUUUGGAAGUGACUUCAGGUGCUUUCAAGUGUUAAUAUACUCCUUGAACUAAAACUGUAAGACCCUAGCUGACUGCAAUCUCAGUAUGUACCUCAGCAAUCAUUAAUGAGAAAGAGUUAUUAGACUGAGAGCCUUCUUUCUGCACCAUAGUGCCUCUUUUUCCAUGGCUGAUUUUUAAAUCACUGCAAGGCAAAGGAAAUGUAGGAUUUACUUAUUUCCAGACCACCUCACAUGACUUUGGUCAUACAGUCCUCUGCUGUGCCCAGGGAGUGAGAUAUUUGACUCAUUUCUACAGAAUUGGCUGGAUGACUGAGCGUGGCUGGCUUGGAGCCAAAGAGAAUAUGACAAAGAAUAAAGUACCCACGCUGACGGCUGUUCAGUUAUUCUCUGGCAAGAGGUCAUUUUCACGCUCUGUGUUCUCCGGUCUGUUCCUAUACAUGAUGUCAUGUCAUCCUGCAGGGCUGAUUGUAUAGCAAUUACAGGUUAUAGACAUUCACUUGCCCCAUCUGGUGUUUUUUCAAAAAUGUUAUUUAAAAAAAAAAAAAAAGAUUAUUGAAAAGAUUGUGGUUUUCACCUC